AUUUUCACCUAAAAAUGGAUUUUUCGGAAGCUUCAACGUCAGGCGAUCGAGUCAACGGGUUUGCCAAACCAUUUCCACCAAAACCACGAGAAGGAGCUCCACCACCGGCUCCCCCACUUGCUCCAGGAGCAUCAACUUCUCAAGCUCCACCACCACUACAACCACCACCAGUUAUAGAAUCGGCUGAGAAAUUCUAUGUGCCUGGUGUGGAGGAAAAAUCGAAAUUUCGAAUACUUUCCCAGCAGGUCGAAAUCUCUAAUCUUAACAUCUCCACCAGAAGCUUCAAUGUCCGAACCGAAAUCGUGCUGCUCCCGUGCGAAAAAUCACUCUACCAACUCGAUUUGCACAUUGGAAAAUGCUCCCUACUGCCCAACGAGGUGCCGGGCUCGGCGAGCAAAGUGACGCUGAACGGAGUGGAAUGCGAAUAUUCCAGGCGGGAUUUCUGGAAGGAUUUGGCUCAGGAAAAGAGCAUUUCAAGUCUGGAGCCGGUGCUCUACGAAAAGCUCGCCGAAAAUGACUACGAGCUUCAGAUUCUCAUUCCGAAAGAGGUUCGGAAGAAGAUCAAGCAUCGGAAAGCGGUUCGGCUCCGUGUGGAUACGGUAGUCCGCGAUCCUCCACGUGGACUACAAUUUGUGGAUUUUAACGAACACGAUUGUCACGUAUUCACCUACCAUACCCCACACAUUUCGGGAGCCCGAGAAUGGACUGUUUGCCUUGAUGAGCCCGAUCAGUUGGCCCUCUGGGAGCUCACUUUUGAGUUGGAGCCCCAUUUGGUCCCAGUGGCCAGUGGGGAGCUUGAGGAGAAGCGAGAAGUCUCGGAAAACGGGAAAAUUCGGUAUAAAUUUCAUCAAACUGUGCCGACUAGUGCGUGUAAUAUUGGAUGGGCUAUUGGACGGUUUAAGCUGGAGCCGCAUCCAGAGUCGCCGACGAUCUACACAUUCUCGCUGCCCGGUCUCGAACCAUUCGUCAAUCACACCACAAUGUACCUCGAUAAAAUGGUUGAAUUCCUCGAGGAGAAGCUCUCGUGCCGUUUCCCGUACCCAACUCUAAAAGUAGUAUUCGUCGAUCAAUGCACUGAAGAGAUCCAAGUCUACAGCUCAUUGCUCAUUGUGCCAACCGCAAUGCUUUACCACAAGAAAAUCAUCGAUGUGGUGCAGGAGGCUCGGCAGAAGCUCAUUUUCAGCAUUGCUCUGCAAUUUUUCGGCUGCUUAAUCUCCCCGGCUCAGUGGUGGCACUGGUGGAUCCCAGUCUCCAUAGCACGCUUUCUGACGAGCCUUUACGUUGAGACAAAGCUCGGCACCGCUGAAGCUCGUUGGCAGCUCAAACGAGCUAUGGACGAUGUCUGUGACUAUGAGCAUCAGUGGGGAAAAAUUGUGCUUUCGCCGCCGGAGCCGACGAAGAAGCUCCCACUCCACGUGGAUCCCCGACAUGAGUACACAGCGUCACCGCUCUAUGUUGAGGCGAUGCUUAAGAAGGGAUUUUUGACGAUGCGAAUGCUUCAGCGGAGGAUUGGAUUGGAGCCGUUUAUGCGAGUGCUUCAUAGGGUUCUGACGGUUGGACUGGAUAUGAGCGAGAAGAAGACAACGCCCGCUGCGUGGAGGCAUUUGUUGACUACAACAGAGUCGUUUUUUAGAAGCGUAAUCUCAGUAACCGGAAAAGAAAUCCCGAGCUUCCUAAGCCAAUUCGUGCGAACCGGCGGUCAUGCCGCGUUUGCCGUAAAAUUCGAUUUCAAUCGGAAGCGCAACAUUGUAGAGAUCGAAAUCAAGCAGGACGACACAGAAGGCAACGGUCGGACUCAGUACACGGGCCCUCUAAGUGUAGUGGUUCAGGAGGUCGACGGAGCUUUCACCCAUACCAUCCAAAUCGACGGAGCCGUCUCCCACGCCGAAAUCUCGUGUCAUUCCAAGGGUCGGAAGCAGAGAAAGAAGAAGGUUCCACUGCUAACCGGCGAAGAAAUCGAAAUCGAUUUGACGAAUAUGGACGCCGAAUCGCCGAUUCUUUGGCUCCGAAUCGAUCCCGAUUAUCUCCUGAUCCGUGAGAUAACGAUCAGUCAGCCAAUGUUCCACUGGGAGUACAUGCUCCGCUACGAGCGUGACGUCAUCGCACAGAUGGAGGCUUUGGAGAGGAUACAGGCGCUGCCGUCGGCACAUAGUCGCAGUGUUAUUGUGGAUGCGGUGGCGAAUGAGAAGUUCUUUUAUAGAAUUCGAUAUCGAGCGGCGUUUGUGCUCACUUUCGUUCAAAAUCGAAAAUCCGAAGCGCUCACCGUUGGGACGCCCGUCUUGAUCAACAUGUUUCGCGAAAGCUUUGGCUCAAAAGCGGCCACCAACAUCCCACGCUCCAACAAUUUCGUCGUCACCGCUCAAAACCUACAGCAAUAUUUUGUAAUGCAGGCCCUGCCUCAGGCGAUCGCUCGCCUACGCCGACAGUCAGGCGAAUGCCACGAAGACGUUCAACCUUUCCUUCUCGACCUGAUUAAGUUCAACGACAACUCGACGAAUCGCUACUCGGAUGAUUUCUACCGUGCGGCGCUGUACAAUUCGCUGGCUUCCAGCGUCUUCCCGCAUGAUGCUCUGCCAUGCCACGUGGAAUUACCUGAGAAUCUGAGCAACGAUGUUCGGGUGCUCAUCAAGGAGUUCACGUACGCGUUAAAUAUGGAUACGGUCAGCCCGAGCUGGGGCCGAGUCGUCGGAGCCGCCGCGCUCACCGGACUCUAUCAGCUUCAGAAAUGUGGAUAUCUCCCGCUGGACUCGCAACUUUUGUGGACAUUUUCCCAUCCGAACUGUUGUGUUCAAAUGCGACGAUGUGCCAUUACUCUGAUCAUUGAUCGGAUUGUUAAUGAUCCGCACGCGGCGGAUACUCGGAUGCUCGACUUGUCAAGGAUCCUGGAGCUCGCCGAGCUGGAACAAGAUCCGUCGAUUCGGAGAAUGAUUCCGAGGCUGUUGGCGCAAACUCCGCCGUUUGGCACUUAUAAUAACACAAUUUUCGGCUCGGAAAAUGCCGCGAACACCGCUGAAACUGCAGAAAGACUAUGGAAACUGUGCACAAAUUCGUCAAUUGAUAGCUGUAUUCGGAGUGGUUUUCUGGAUGUCUACUACUCUUUAUAUGCUCUCGGAGCACCACCGGCUCUUGGUGGACCCGAGGAGUCUGUUGGAAUUCAUCGAGCCUACGUCACAGUUCCGAACGCGGCGAGCACAUUUGCCACGUCACAGUGGCAUAAUAGUGGAUACGAGGCGGCACGCAGGUCACCACCGAGACGAGAUUUUGGAGAUGAAACUAUGAAUUUGAUGCAAUAAUUGCGUUUUUUUUUCUUGUUGUUUGGCUGAAAUUUCGGAAAAAAUCUGACAAUGUUGAGCAAUUUUGAGAAAAUUCGACAAAAAACACAAUUUUUUGGGAAAAAUUUUUUUUAAAAAUUCGGAAACAAAAUUUUUUUUUGAGGUUUUUCAACUGUUUUCGGGAAACAAUUUUAAAAAAAGUCUUAGAAUUUUGAGAAAUUUAAACCAGUUUCAGCCAAAUUUUCAUUUUUUUCUAUUUUAAUCGGGUAAUAUGCACCAUUUUUUAUUGAUCCCUCAUUUAUUUUUCUCAAAUUUUAUUUUUUCCUACGGUUUUCUUCCUGAAUCAAUAUUUAUUU